GCUGGGGUAGUGGUCUCGGCUGCCGGCGGCUGCUCGGCCCGCCGGCCGUGGCGCAUGGGUCUUCUCCGAGGCGGGCCCCCAUGCGCUCGGGCCAUGGCGCGCCUGGGUGCCGUGCGCUCCCAUUACUGCGCGCUGCUGCUGGCCGCGGCGCUUGCCGUUUGCGCCUUCUACUACCUAGGCUCGGGCCGGGAGACCUUCUCCAGCGCCACCAAGAGGCUGAAGGAGGCCCGCGCCGGGGCCCCCGCCGCGCCCUCGCCGCCCGCGCCGGAUUUGGCGCGGGGCUCCGUGGCGCCGGCCCCGGGCGCCAAGGCCAAGAGCCUGGAGGGCGGCGGGGCCGGGCCGGUGGACUACCACCUGCUGAUGAUGUUCACCAAGGCGGAGCACAACGCCGCGCUGCAGGCCAAGGCCCGCGUCGCGCUCCGCUCCCUGCUGCACCUUGCCAAGUUCGAGGCGCACGAGGUGCUUAACCUGCAUUUCGUGAGCGAGGAGGCCAGCCGCGAGGUGGCUAAGGCCCUGCUGCGGGAGCUGCUGCCGCCCGCCACCGGCUUCAAGUGCAAGGUUGUCUUCCACGAUGUCGCUGUGCUGACGGACAAGCUCUUCCCCGUCGUGGAGGCCAUGCAGAAGCACUUCAGUGCCGGCUCGGGGACCUACUACAGCGACUCCAUCUUCUUCCUCUCGGUCGCCAUGCAUCAGAUCAUGCCCAAAGAGAUCCUGCGGAUAAUUCAGCUGGACCUAGACCUCAAGUACAAGACCAACAUCCGGGAAUUGUUUGAGGAGUUUGACAAUUUCCUGCCAGGCGCCAUCAUUGGCAUCGCGCACGAGAUGCAGCCAGUGUACAGGCACACAUUCUGGCAGUUCCGCCAUGAGAACCCCAAGACCCGGGUUGGGAGCCCUCCCCCCGAGGGGCUCCCUGGCUUCAACAGUGGGGUGAUGCUGCUGAACCUGGAGGCCAUGCGCCAGUCCCCGCUCUACAGCCGCCUCCUCGAGCCGGCGCGGGUGCAGCAGCUGGCUGACAAGUACCACUUCCGCGGCCACCUCGGGGACCAGGACUUCUUCACCAUGAUUGGCAUGGAACAUCCCGAGCUCUUCCACGUGCUGGACUGUACCUGGAACCGGCAGCUUUGCACCUGGUGGAGGGACCACGGCUACACUGAUGUUUUCGAGGCCUACUUCCGGUGUGAGGGCCACGUCAGGAUCUACCACGGGAACUGCAACACCCCUAUCCCAGAGGUCUAGGUCCGUUCUGGCCGGCCGUGCCCUCCGGCCUCUGGAUCUGGGGAAAGGGGAGGGGCGCCUCCGGGAUAGGCCCCAGGGCAGCGUCUGAACUCCUAGAGGGACACUGCAGGGAUGUCCUUUGUGAUCAGGUGCUGCAGCUCUCCCACCCUGCAGGUUGCUGUCCUGAGGCUGCAGGGUGACAACUGGCCUGCACAUUGCUGGUACUCAGGACCAUUUUCCUCCAGGGAACCAGGCAUCGUGAAGGGCAAACAGGGAGAUAUCUUCCCGUGGGCCAGGAAGAGAAGCAAGGAAAGAAAAUGGUGCCUCUUGCCUUCAGCCCCUAAAGAAUGGAAAUCAUUUUAAGAACCAGCCUUUCUUGGACCAAAUAUAAAUUUAUUUUAAAUUGACAGGAGAGAAGGAACAAACAGUACUACAGGAGCUCCCAGUGAGCUCUAAAUGCGCGAGCCAGGGUUUGAACAAGCAGCCCAGAAUUUUAAGCGUCCAAACGAAUGCCGACCUUGCACGGGCGCACCCCGGGAGGUCGUGUGCUUCUUCCCUGAUGCUCACAUUGCCUGGUGUAGGUGUCAAGAUCACCACCUCUGGAGAGGGCCUUCAGCACCAACUGUGGCCCAUGUAAGAAAACUGGGCUCAUUUUUCCAGCUUUUAUCUCCCAACUGCAUACCAGAACAUCAUUAUCUCUUAUUCAUCUAAGCCAGCUCCGGGUGACCAGACUGUGCUCAGAAAUCAAAUCCGCCAUCAAAGCACAGAGAUUGGCCACCCCCAAGGAUGUGCAGUAGAAUCGUCUAGACUGGGAGGACUCAUUCCAAGGAGGAGCCCAGCAGUGCCCAAGCAAAACCAUGUGGCUUGGAAGGGGUGUCACUCUUAGGCUUGUAAGCAUUCUAGUCUCUUUGUUUAGAGAAAUCAUCCUCGUGAUUAUCUUCUUGUACCAUGUCAGACCCUAUACCUUAGAAGAAAUUAGGGUGUCCUUUCUUUAUUUCUUCCUUCAAUGCAUUCUCCUAUAAGUGAGCUACAGAUGUGGAGCCGCUGGUCCAUGUUGUAGAGCCCCCUGAGGUCCUGGGGGAAGAAAUGUUGUUGGCCUUUUAUCUUAUUUUAUUUCAAUUUCAUUGACUCUUUUAUUUCUUCUCGCUGUGGGUGAGAAUAGCUAAUAAAUAAUCUUUGAGAACACAGUGA